CCGGUCUCAGAGCUUGCGAAAGAAGUUACGUUUUCUCCGCCAAGAGAUCUGGUGGGGGAAGGAGGCGGGUUCACAGGUACCUCUGAUGCAGGGGGAGAGGACAAGACACAAGAGGCCAGUGAAAGCAAAAAGAAAAACCCGAGACUUUGGUGGACUCUGAACUCUUGGGAAGUUUUCCUCCCAGAAAAGCUGAGCUUGCAUCUUUUGCUUCCUGGAGUUCCUUAAAGCGAUCCUCGAAGAGCUAGAUCUCACUGCGCCUGUGAACUGCAUACUUUCUGAUUUUAACCCAAUUGAUCUGAGAAAUGCAGGCUUUGGCGCUCUGGCUGACCGUCGGCUCUCUCCAGCUGUUGACAGCUGUCCAUGGGGGACCCCAACAGCAACGCUUUGUCGCGCCGGACAUUACCUGGUCGCUGAGCAAGGUCCAAAACUUUGCAUGGGAGAACUGUGGUCCUCCAUCGGAACCUGCAAUGAUUAAGAGUCUGUCUGUAAGUCCUGAUCCGAUUGCUGUCCCUGGAGAUGUGACAGUCAGUGUAACAGGGUCCAGCACGAUAAUCCUCUCUGCUCCUCUAAAGGCAAGUGUCAUAUUGGAGAAGAAGCUUGGAGAUAUGUGGAUAAAAAUCCCUUGUGUGGACCAGCUUGGGAGCUGUACCUAUGAUGAUACUUGCGCCAUGCUGGACAGUCUCAUCCCUCCAGGCGAGCCAUGUCCACAGCCACUGCAAAGUUACGGCAUUCCAUGUCACUGCCCAUUCAAAGCGGGUACCUACAACCUUCCUUCCUCUGAAUUCUUCAUACCAAACAUGGAUUUGCCUACUUUCCUCACCAAUGGAGAUUACAAGAUGAGAGUUGUGCUGAGCAACGGGGCCCAAGAAAUGUCCUGCACCAAGUUCUCCUUCUCCUUGCAGUCAGAGAAGCGGUGGCUACACUGAGUCUCAGUGUCAAGGGCCAUGUUUCUUCCAGCUUUUUUCUAUCCUGUUACGACUAACAUGAAGAGUUAUUUUGCAGCAUUUAAAGAGGAAGGGUUAUAGUUACUGCUUUUGUGACUGCUGUUGAUUACUGGGAGCAUCGAUUGGAAAUAAUGCUCCUUAUUAGAAAAAAGUUGUCUGUGCAUCUAAAACUUAUUAAGGAUCAGGUUUUACAAAUUAUAGCAAUGGAAAUGUGCAUAUAUUAAGCAUAUGUUUAGCUAGCAGACACAUUGCCAGUGCAAUGGGCCAAGCAUUGGAGCACUCCACUGCAGCAUUCCCUUAUUAUAUUUCCCUACAUUCCAGAAUCUUAAAUGGUAGAUAGAGGCCUCUUCAAGGCAGGAGGUAGUGAAAGUGCACUGAUGACAGGAUAAUCUGAACCAGGUGUCAAAAAAACCCUGGAGAAAUUACAUUUUCUACUUUGUGGAUGCUCCUUCAGUCUAUCCAGAUUUGGUUACCUCUCUGACACUUUACAGAACCUAUAUGGAGUGCCUCUUCUAGUAUACCAGAAAUAGUUUUUUGUUGUUUUUUUAGGAAUGGACUGUUUCUGAAUGAUGCCUUGUGCAAUUCAAUUAGCCUUUUUUAUCCUGAGUUGAGCUUUGUGAAUGAGGGAGCUAAGAAAAAUACUGAGAAAAUCAGGAUUGUUCCCAUUUAGUUUUUGCAAUACAUUCCAUUUAUAUCCUUAUUUUAAGUGGUACAUUUUGUUAGCUAGUAUUAUCCACUGCAUAAAAAACUUGUGUCCUUGUCCUUUUAUUCAUACUCUUAAUGUUUUCUUGGGGAGGUGAGUCACAGCAACCAUGAAAAGAAGCAUUUUUUUAAAGUGAGCAGUUUCCAUUUUCAUAUAAGAAUGCACUAACUUUUUUAAAAAAGAAACCUUAAGUGCUUGCAGGAAUAUUGCUGGGCAAAGCAGCACAUAUUCCUCUAAAUGAGCAUUUCUCUCCUUGUUUGAAGAUUGAUUUUCUUGUUCCUAAGCAACCAGCUGGCUCCACUUACAAAUAUUGUAGAACCCAACUAUCUAUUAUUUUCUAACAUAUUGUACAUCCUGUGCAUUAAACAAAACUGAUCGUCUAAUUGGAGAACAAAUUAGUGACCCA